UGACGAAAUGUGUUCUGUGGUUAUUAGUCUGUGUGAAGUUUAUUUUGUUUGAAGGCAUUUUUACUUGCAAUUUAGUAGGCAAAUUUCUUUAUCUUUCCAGAGAAAGAUUAUCUAAUAAACAGAUCAAAGAGAAUUUAAACAUACAGGUUAAAUAUGGAUACAGACAUCAAUGAUAGUGAUGAAGAUACGGAAACACAAAUUAAAGAUCUUGAACAGCUGACUGCUGUUUUGGAAGAAGACGAAAUUUCUUCGAGUGUGGUCUCUAAAUAUUCUGCAAGUACACUUAAUCUGCCAUGUUCGUCUGACAAAAUACAAGAAUAUUCUAAAAUUGAAACAGCUUUGGCCCUCAAUAAACUUACUGAUGACAAACUAAUUUGUUUAGAGAAGACACUUCUUGUCAAGUUAAGUGAAUGCAGGAAAAAGCUCUUAGAGUUACAAGAUUCAGACACAUUAAGCGAAAGACCCACUAGAGCCCAAACAUUUCGUUACGUAUCAUGUGCUAAACCUUAUUUUAAAGACAAAAAUGGUUUUCAACCUCCAGAUAAUCUUGAUACAACACUUAUGAUAAAAACAGGAAUGUAUAAUUUCUCAAACGUCACACAGGUACCUGGUUGGACUGUUAAGGAUAAAAGUGAAUUUAUAUCAAUAAUAUACAAACUGUCUAAGGAUAUCAAAAAGAAAGAGUUAAAGUCAAGAAUCUCUGAACUAAAGCGAGAUGUAAAAAUAAUGGAUACAAAAAAGAAUUCUGAAAUUGCAGCUUUAACUGAAGAAAUCAAUAACAAAAUUCCUAAAAAAAGCCUAAAAGAGUUAGCAUUGCCAGUAGAACAGGAUUAUGAUUGGGACUAUCUAGCUAAUACAUUUAAUCAAAGGCACACUCCGCAAGAGUUCAGCUCAUUGUGGAAGUUAUUCUUACACCCUUCUAUUAAUAAGGAGUCCUGGAGCAAAAAUGAACACUGUAAGUUACAAAAAAUUGCACAACAUUAUAAUUAUCAGAAUUGGAAACAAAUUGCAGAGGAACUAAAAACAGGACGCACUGAAUACCAGUGUUUCGUAUAUUUUAGGACUAAUAUGGGCAAUACAUUCACUAGUCAAAAAUGGACCAAGGAAGAAGAGGAAUAUCUGAAGAGACUAAUUGAAUACUACAGAGAAGAUGAUUAUAUACCUUGGGGUAGGGUAGCAGCAUCAAUGGAGAACCGAACAAAUAUUCAAAUCUAUAAUAAAUAUCGCAGGCUUAUUGAACUUAGGAAAGGAAGAUUUCUGCCAGAAGAGGAUGCAGUAAUAUUAAAUUGUGUACAAAAAUACGGAAAAAACUAUAAGUUAAUAGCACCCUUUGUUGGUAGGUCUGAAACACAAAUAAAAAAUCGAUAUCAAGUCCUGGCAAAAACUAAAUUAUCAGCAGUAUGGACACUGGCCGAAGAUAAGAAGCUUGUUCAGUUAAUGGCCAAUCAAGACUCUACAACGAAUUUUGCUAGUAUAAGCAAAUAUUUCCCUGGAAAAGACCGUAUCCAUAUAAGAGCUCGAUAUCUUACAUUAAAAAAAUGGAUGAAGAGAAACCCCAAUGUGGAUAUUAUACAUGCACCUCGCCGUGGCGCGAGACGCCUUGGCCAUGGACAGGCUGCUGAUAAUUUGGAUAAAGCUAUUGAAAAACUAAAAGAUCGAAUGCAAUCUGAAGUAGAAAGUAAAAAGUCAAAAAGAGUCACAAGAUGUUCAAGUGAAGCAGAAAUAGAGGAAUCUAUAAUUGCAUUCAUGGUCACUGAAUGUAUAAAUGAUGUUGAAAAAAAUCUUUCACAAAUUUCAAAUAAGUUUAUUCUUGACAAUGGGGCUGUUGUCUCCACAAGAAGUCUAAAUACAACAAACAUAAUAAAAACCUUAAUAUUAUUGAGAGCUAAAUUAAGUCAGGAAGCAUUUCAAGAAAGUCCAUACUGUGCUAAUUUUCCAGAAUUAAUUAUGCCUGAACGAGAGGUUUGUUUAGUUAAAGUGAAAUCAUAUUCUAAAAAAAGUAUACUGAAUACCAUACAAAUUAAAAAACAUGUUAAUGUGUGGGGAAAUGUUCUCACAGGAACUGCUGAAUAUGUUAUGCCUCCAAAUUUUUCUACUAUUACUGGAUGCAAAACAUUGAUCAGCCAUGUCACCACUAAAAAUCUUAUAAAACUAGAUCUAAAUCCAUUGCAAAAAAAAAAUGUACUCUUUAAGGAACAAAUAUGUAAUCUAAUGGAACGUUUUUAUGUGCUUUUUUUGUGGCCAAUGUUAAUGUCAAAUGAAAUGCCAAGAUUAGAUCACACAAAGAAAAAAAAUUUAUACACACGAAAGAAAUGUAGUUCUAAUUUAUAUAAAAGUUUGUUAUUUGAAAAUAAUGAAGAUGUUGAAAUUAACGAUGAUAAAAUGGUUGAUGAAUCAUAAUUGGUUAUGU